GGAAACCCUGUCAGGUUGUGUGUUUACUUCUAACCUAAUAUUCUCAGAAUCGUCUGCAUAUUGUGAUAGCCGGAGAUAUGGCUCCAAGGAAGCGCAUCUCGAGGAUUGCACCGCGCAGUGUUGCUGCAGUGGAGCAGGUGAAUGAGAACACCAACAGCCACUCGGUUGCCACCCAAACCGAUGUCCCGGCUGCGGGUUCGUCGAAGCGCAAGAUGGGCCAGAACAAGUUGAGGCCACCGCCGCCCCAGCACUUGGCUAUCAACAAGAUGCCGGCGGUCAAUCCUCAUGCACUGGUAUUGGCCUUAUCCGAAAUAAUAAUGGGGCAGUCACAUGGACUCCCAUCGUUUGUCCCCGGCCCAAAUGAGAAGUCCUGCCAGACGGUGGCCGAUGGGCUUGCUGACCCCGGCGAUCGGAUCAUCAUCACCAACUCCGCCGAACGGCAGAUAAACUACCUGAAGUCUCUGGUGAGCAAUUGCCGCGAAGAGGCCAACCUCUGGGAUCGGAACCGGCUGAAAAUGCUGCUGGCCCAGAUCAACGGCGACCCACCGCCGCGCUGGAACUCGGCCACCCAGAUGUGGCUAGAGGUUGACAGGCUGGAGCAGCGCAUAGAGGCCUUCGACCGCGGGGAACUGCUAGCUGCCAAGAAGCGCAAGGUGGACGUGAGCCUGGAUGCGGGGCAGGAGCAGGGCCAAAAUGAGAGUCGGGCUGAGGAGCAGGAUGGGGAGCAAGAUGAGAGACAGGCGGAGCUGCCGUCAGAUGGCCAGGAUGAGCGGAAGACAUCAGGAGGGACUUAG